CACCGCCCAUCGGGGGGCUGCAAGCAGCGAGCCGAGUGGAAGAACGAAAGUUGCCGGCGCUUGGGCCCGCGGCCCCUGAGAUGGAGCCGAGCCCCGCCGCGUCCCCCGGGCCUUCCCGCUCCUUCAAGGAGGAGCUGCUGUGCGCGAUCUGCUACGACCCCUUCCGCGACGCCGUCACUCUGCGCUGCGGGCACAACUUCUGCCGCAUGUGCGUGACCCGCAGCUGGGAGGUGCAGGUGGCGCCCACCUGUCCAGUUUGCAAGGACCGCGCGUCCCCUGCCGACCUCCGCACCAACCACACCCUCAACAACCUGGUGGAGAAGUUGCUGCGAGAGGAGGCUGAGGGCGCGCGCUGGACCGGGCACCGAUCCCCGCGCCUCUGCCGCCUGCAUCGCGCCCAGUUCAAUCUCUUUUGCUUCGAGGACAAGGAGCUGCUGUGCUGCUCGUGCCAAGCUGACCCCCGGCACCAGGGGCACCGCGUGCAGCCAGUGAAGGAUACUGCUCAUGACUUUCGGGCCAAGUGUAGAAACAUGGAGCAUGCACUGCGGGAGAAAGCGAAGGCCUUCUGGGCUAUGCGGCGCUCCUAUGAGGCCAUCGCCAAGCACAAUCAGGUAGAGGCUGCCUGGCUGGAAGGUCGAAUCCGGCAGGAGUUUGACAAGCUUCGAGAGUUCCUGAGGGUGGAGGAGCAGGCCAUCCUGGACACCAUGACCGAGGAGGCGAGGCAGAAGCAGCUUCUGGCAGAGGAGAAGAUGAAGCAGCUUGCACAAGAGACAGAGGCUCUGGCACGUGAAAUUGAGCGGCUGCAGAUGGAGAUGAAGGAAGACGAUGUGUCUUUUCUCAUGAAGCACAAGAGCCGAAAACGACGCCUCUUCUGCACCAUGGAACCAGAACCCGUCCAGCCCGGCAUGCUGAUCGACAUCUGUAAGUACCUGGACUCCCUGCAGUACCGCGUCUGGAAGAAGAUGAGCAUGUCUGUUGAAUCUGUGCCCUUCAGCUUCGAUCCCAACACGGCAGCUGGCUGGCUCUCUGUCUCGGAUGACCUCACCAGCGUCACCAACCACGGCUACCGGGUUCAAGUGGAAAACCCAGAGCGCUUCUCCUCGGCGCCCUGUCUGCUGGGCUCUUGUGUCUUUUCUCAGGGUUCCCACGCCUGGGAGGUUGACCUGGGGGGGCUGCAGAGCUGGCGGGUGGGUGUGAUGCGGGUGCGCCAGGAUGCCAAUACAGAAGGACACUCACACAGCUGUUACCACGACACCCGCUCCGGCUUCUGGUACAUGUGCCGCACGCAGGGGGUGGAGGGGGACCACUGCAUGACCUCAGACCCGUCCACGCCUCCCCUGGUCCUGGGCAUCCCGCGCCGCCUGCGAGUGGAGCUGGAGUGUGAGGAGGGCGAGCUGUCCUUCUAUGACGCUGAGCGCCACUGCCAUCUCUAUACCUUCCAUGCCCGCUUUGGGGAGGUGCGGCCCUACUUCUACCUGGGGGGCAUGCAAGUGGACGGGCCACCAGAGCCUCUGCGCAUCUGCCCCCUGCGCAUCACUGUCAGGGAAGAGCUGGACGACUGAGGCUGGGCUGGGUACCAUCCAGGUCUCCUUUCAUGGCCUUUUUCGUCCUAGUGCCGGCAUUCACCUCAGUACCUCUCUGCUACCCACCUUCUGGCCAGGGAUCUUCCUACUCUUUAUCUUAUCCUUCUCUGUGACUCCAGACCCCAAGCCUCUGUCUUCAUUUUUGGUUCUUUCUCUACACACAAGCCCCUGGGUGUCACAAAACAGUUUGCACUGAGCGUCUAAAGUCUGGUGGUUCAUACCCACCCAGCAGUGCCACACAAGAAAGGCCUGGCAAACUGCUGUCAUAAAGAUUACAGCCAAAAAAACCUUAUGAAGCAGUUCUACUCUGUGACACAGGAGGUUGCUGGGAGUCGUAACUGACUGUACAGCAUUGGGUUUGGAGUCAUCAGGAGGUGCCUUGCUGGGCCCAGGUUCUUCCCUACAGUCAGUGGCACUUUUAAGGAUGUGGGCUAAUUCUGACACCUCUCGGGUGAAUUUUUGCUUCUAGAGUGGAACCGUGCCAUGGCUUGGGGCAGGACUCAGGGCUAAGCUUUCCUGUUGCUUUUUAUCAGUAUUUUAAAACUGUGCUCUACAACCUCCCUGGGGUUCUCCACUGGGGAGGCAAGGCUACCCACCAGAUCAGCUCUGAUUUCUCUAGUUACAGUUGUAUGACUUCCAAGGCACUUAAAAACAGAAUGUGUACAACUGUGGCCUUAAACCCGUUCCCUCUCUGGGCAUCAUUUUUCUCAUCUUCAAAUGAGAUAGUUGGUCUAGCAGAUGUCAGUCUGUCAAGGCUGUGGAGGAAAUGCCUCUGAUUAAUUCUUAGAAAGGAGAAAAGAAGGGAAGGGGGACCUUUUCAGUUAGGAAGAAAGGAAAGGGAAGAUGUGGUCUGAGGUGGUGCUGUGGAGUGAGUGGGUGCUGUGUCCUCGGCCCUCCGCUGCCCCCCUCGCCUUUGCUUACCUCAACCUGCCUCAUCCCGAGCCUCUUGCUCUGCCACUUCCUUGGGUUUUCCUCCCGAUUUCUUUCUUCCUGGUGCCUAUAGACUUGGACUUGAGCCUUUUUUUUCUACAGAUGCCUACCGAUAGUUUCUAAUUGUCAAUUGAUUGUGUCCUGGAAGCAGCACUGUAAAGGAAAUGCUUUCCCGUAGACACAGUGUUAUAACUGGGGCCACAUUCCUGACCAAGGGCUCAGCAUCCCCACUCCUGUCUGUGCUCCACAGUUCACAAAAACUGACAUUUCAGACAGUAUGAUUCAGGUCCUGUACAUUGGUUACCAAUGUGCUGUCUAUAGUGGUUAGACUAAAAAGUAGGGGUCACAGGGAGAGACUAGUAGGAAAUGUCACUGUGAAGAGGGCCAAGUAUAAACGGGGAGUAGUGGAAUGAACUGGUGAGGGCAUGCCCCAUCUGAAGGCUCUCAGACUCAGAGAAGUUUACGCAUCUGAGGCCAAUGUGAGGCCUCUACUAUAAAAUAUUUAUCUGGUCCAUAAAAUCUUUCUGUAUAAUGAACUUGACCUGGAAUUAUUUUGUUAGCUAUAACCAAUGUUUUAAAUUUCUUUUUAAUUUCUAUUUUAGAUGUCGGCAGAGUUUUUUUUUAGGAUAAUUUGGAUAGCCUAGGCCUGUUUUUAAAAAAUAAAAUUGAAAUUUGAGCUUAA